AUGGCGAGCUUCCCCACUUUUCUCAAGUCCCAGCUCUUCUACAAGCCCAGACUACCGGAACCAGAAACAUUCGCUGGCAAGACGGUCAUCGUUACAGGCGCAAACACGGGUCUUGGUCUAGAAGCAACACGGCACUUUGUCCGCUGCGGCGCCGCAACCGUCAUCAUCGCCUGCCGCACGCUCUCCAAAGGCGAAGCUGCCAAGCGCUCCAUUGAAGAAAGCGAGAAGCGUAACGGCGUACUCCAAGUCUGGGAGCUCGACCUCUCUUCCUACGCCAGCGUCAAAGCCUUCGCAAAGCGCUGCGAGACACUCCCGCGGCUAGAUGUCUGCGUCGAGAACGCCGGCAUAGCAACUGGCAAGUUCUCGCGCGCAGAAGGCCACGAAGCCCACAUCACCGUCAACGUGAUUUCCACAUUCCUGCUCGCACUGCUGCUCCUACCCAUCAUGCGCAGGUCAGCCCUCUCAACGGGGACAACACCGUAUCUCACUAUUGUCACAUCAGAGGUCCACCACUGGACCCAGCUGCCGCAAAAAAAGGAGCCAAGCAUCUUCGGCGCGCUGGAUGAUGAGUCAAAAGCAGACAUGGCAGACCGCUACAACGUCUCCAAGUUACUGGAAAUCCUCGCGCUGAGGUACAUGACUAGGGUGCUGAUUAAGGAUCGUGCAAAGUAUCCCGUGGUCAUCAAUUGCGUUACACCGGGUCUGUGCAAGUCAGAUCUCGUUAAAGAUAUGGGCAUGGCGCCUGUCGUGUUCAAGACGCUGUUGGGUCGUACGGUCGAGGUUGGCAGUCGCACGUUGGUUAAUGCAGCGGCGUUACCGAAUAGCGCCGGUGAGUACAUUAUUGACGAUCACGUGUCUGAGCCGUCGUCGCUGGUGGUCAGUGAGGAAGGCGCGGAAUUAUCGAAGAGGGUCUGGUUCGAGCUGGCGGAUAUCUUGGAAAAGGCUUGUCCUGGUGUGACCCAGAACAUUGCUGCGUAG